GGCAAAGGAUAGAUAGACCAACCGAGCCAGAAACGACAUUGUCCGUCUCCUCAGAGCCCGGUGAAGGACCUAGCUAGCAACCUAGCACACGAAUCACGUACGUUCUUGGACUUUGACCCAACGAUACAAAUAGCGACAUAAACCUCUCGAGUUAAUACCUAUCAUUUUUAUUUAACUGUCAUCCAUGAGAUUCUUCAGGCUAUCCUUCAAGUGCUUCGUCGACUGCUUUUGAAUUCCAUCUUCCCAACGUCUGACGCGACGCUUUGUAAAUAUUCAAUCUCUUGAAGGUUCAUUAGCUCGUAUCGUAGCUAAUGGAUUAAAAAAAUAAAUCAUAUUUUUUGAUAACAAGAAGACGAAAAAUAAAGCAAGAAAGGAAAGGAAAGACUGGGAACUGUAUUGCUUCUCUAGCCCCGCUCUCUCUCUCUCUCAGACGCACUGAGUAUCUAGCUACAUUACUGACCCUGUACCUAGCUAGCUACAUUAACGCAUCGGUUGGCUCUAACCGUGACCACACUAAGCCAGGAAAUCUAACCUAGUUAGUUAAUCGACCAACAUGUCGCCAGAAGUGGAAGAAAACUCCCCAGGUGAUGUGCGUCUCUCCCAGAUGGAAGCAGGCAUUCCGUCGGAGGUGGAGGGGGGUGCGGCUCGCCCCCUGGUCUCCGUGCCCGGGGUGGGGACGGGGGGUUGCGAGGGAGGGGGCGGACAGACUCCGUCUCUGCCUCCGGUCCAGGCUGCGCCUGCGCCCUACGUGGAGAGGGAGACGUGGACCCGGCAGAUGGACUUCAUCAUGUCCUGCGUGGGCUUUGCCGUGGGCCUGGGCAACGUGUGGCGCUUCCCAUACCUCUGCUACAAGAACGGCGGAGGUGUGUUCCUGAUCCCCUACAUGAUUUUUGUAUUCAUCGGAGGUAUUCCUGUGUUCUUUCUGGAAAUCGCUCUUGGCCAGUUCAUGAAGCAGGGAGGCGUCUCAGCAUGGAACAUUGCCCCUCUCUUUAAAGGUCUUGGUUUGGCCUCAAUGGUGAUCGUGUUCUUCUGUAACACCUACUACAUUAUGAUCCUGGUAUGGGGCCUGUACUUCCUGGUCCACUCCUUCACCAGCCCGUUGCCCUGGGCAACCUGUGGACACCCCUGGAACACUGUUAACUGCACUGAAAACUUUAGACGGGCGUGCCACAACCACAGCACUCUCCCGCUCCUGUCAUCCACCCCCAGCCCCUCCGUCCCUGCCUCCCUUCUCUCGUCUGUGGCGUCCUCCCCGCUCAACCUCUCGUCCUCGGCCCAUUUACUCUACAAUGGCAGCUGUGUGGAACCGGAGGGCAUGCGCUCGCCAGUCAUGGAGUUCUGGGAGCGUAAGGUGCUGCGUCUCUCUGGUGGUCUGGAUGAGGCUGGUGACAUCAGCUCUCACAUGGUCCUCUGUCUGAUCGCCACCUGGGUCAUAGUUUACUUCUGCAUCUGGAAGGGUGUCAAAGGCACAGGCAAGGUAGUGUACUUCACAGCUCUGUUCCCCUACCUGGUCCUGGUGGUUAUGUUGGCCCAUGGCGUAACCUUACCAGGAGCGCUGGAUGGGAUCGUGUACUACCUGAAACCAGACUGGUCCAAACUCGGAGAAGCACAGGUAUGGAUCGACGCUGGCACUCAAAUAUUCUUCUCCUAUGCCAUUGGUCUGGGUGCUUUAACCGCUCUGGGCAGCUACAACCGCUUCCACAACAACUGCUACCAAGAUGCAUUUGUUCUGGCCAUGAUCAAUAGUGGGACCAGUUUCUUUGCUGGAUUUGUGGUGUUCUCGGUGCUGGGCUUCAUGGCUGCAGAACAGGGGGUCGACAUCAGCAAGGUGGCAGAGAGUGGUCCGGGUCUGGCUUUCAUAGCCUACCCCAAAGCCGUGACGCUGAUGCCAAUGGCUCCACUCUGGGCAGCACUUUUCUUCUUCAUGCUGCUAAUACUGGGCCUGGAUAGCCAGUUUGUCGGGGUCGAGGGCUUUGUCACAGGGGUCAUGGACAUGGUUCCACCCAAAUCUAUAGCAGGCCGGCUGCGCCGUGAGGUUGUCGUGGCGAUAUGCUGCAUCACCUGCUUCUUCAUUGACCUCUCCAUGGUAACAGAGGGAGGGAUGUAUGUGUUUCAGCUGUUUGACUACUACUCUGCCAGUGGGAUGACUCUGCUCUGGCAGGCCUUCUGGGAGUGUGUGGUCGUGGCCUGGGUCUAUGGUGCAGAUCGCUUCAUGGAUGAUGUGGCUCGUAUGAUUGGCUACCGGCCCAUGCCCUACAUGAAGUGGUGCUGGUCCUAUGUCACACCCCUUGUUUGCGUGGGAGUGUUCCUGUUCCACGUGGUGAACUACAAGCCCCUGACAUAUAACUCGGUGUACACAUACCCUUGGUGGGGGGAGGCGCUGGGCUGGGGUCUGGCCCUGGCCUCCAUGCUCUGCAUCCCCGUCACUGUCCUCUACAAACUACUACGCUGCAAGGGAUCCUUCUCAGAGCGCUGGCAGCACCUGACCACCCCAGUGUGGGGUCGACACCACAUGGAGUACCUGGCUCCCGAGUCCGAGGCCAAACUGCUGCCCCCUAAUGGUCAGACCAAGAACACCUUGCUGUUUGAGAGUGUCAUCUGACCACCCGAGCCCCACAGCCCCUCCCAGUCCCCGCCCACUCAGAGCCCUCUGUCCUCAACACACACUCAUGCCCUUAAUCACACACAAACACCCUGCCCUGGCCCAGCCAGAAAUGCACAGGCAGGCCACCCCGGGAAACCAAUCACCCGCACGCGCACACACGAACACUAAAAUGCCCAGUGGACCAAAGAGAAGAUUGGACAAAUACAGACAGGGCUUUCCCUUCAAUUCCCUCUAUCUCUUUACUCCUCUCAUCCUGCUCUUCCUGUCUCUCACCCUCCUCUGCUCAGUGCCUCAGUGCCGUCUUGUUCUGUCUCGUUUUGUGAUGGUGUUGUAAAGUCCAACACAGCUGCAGUAUCUUGCCACCAAGCCCCCAUGUCAUUUCCCUGCUGCCUCUGUGUCUCUCCCCUUUCCCCGUGUCCUGUGUGUGAAUGUGUUCGUCUUCCCUCCUCGUGUCAUGGAUUCUGUGGGGCCGUUCAGUGCUGCAGACCGACCCGUGCGUGUGGGUGUGUGUGUGUAUACAAGCGAACUUGAGUGUUUCAGUUGGUCUGGGUGCGCGUGAGCGUCGUGUUUGCGACUGUGUGCGAGAGAUACCUUGCUGUUUUCUGUCCGCCCCUGCAUUUGACUCUAAACUCCACCUUUCGCCUGACUGCCAUUUUCAUUCUCCCUCACCUGUUCGAACUCCCAAUAAAACAUCCCUCUGUAAAAUGCAACAACAAAAAACAUGAUGAAAAAUCUAACAAAAAACACCACCACUUCCAGUGUAACUAAGUGUCCUGAGUAUUGUGUGAGUCAAUGAAUCAGUGUUAAUAUUGGGGGGAUGAUUGUGAUCAGUAUUUCUGAGAGAGAAGCCUACCGAUGAAGAAUGAGAGAAAAGGGGAGGGAGAGAGCAAUGUGUCUUAAUGCCAAGCCAAGAAAGAAGCAAUAAAAGACAUGAUGGAAACACUAUGUUUUAGUCUCUUUAUUAACAUAGCCUCUACUCAUCAGUUUGUUUCAUGUUUACAUAUCCAAAGAACAUUUUUCAUCAUGUAUUUGAACAUUAACAUUUCACCAUGACAAUAACAAAUCAUCUUAUAUCAAACAUCUCUGAUGGUUCUAAUGAAAGUGAACAGUCAAAGCCUGGUCUACUGGUCUCUGAUCAAGGCUUUCAUUUGAUAGAAACAGUGGGGAAGUAUAGUUUUGCUGAAUAAAUUAAGACUCAUUCCUUAGCGAUGCAUGGGAGGCAACAUCUUACACCAGUGGAUCACUUUAGGCUAUGUUCUCCGCCAAUUUCUUUUUCCAAUAAUAUGGUAUUUUGACCAAUCACGUCCAAUCUAUCUGAGAUAUGUUACAGAGCUGAUCUGAUUACCAAGGGGGAGGGUGGGGGAAUUAUUGGGCAACUUGUGUACUGUUCAUGCUGCAUUAGAUCUGAUCUGGGACCAGGCGACAUGACAUGACAGGUAUGACAUGACAGUACAGCAGGUAACUAGGUUUUGCAAUAUAGAGAGUCCUACCCCAAAUCAAGUAUUUCUUAGGAAAAUAUCUUAUUGAUGAUGAAAUAUACAUUGUCUUAGAGAGAAUUAACAUGGUAUUUCACAUACUUCAGACUCUUUUCGGCACUGAUUGGAACCAGUUGCUGUGAUGUCUGUCAUAACAUUGUGAAUAGCUGCUAUUCGUACAAUCCUUUAUAUAUUAGGAUAACCGAUUUCCUACAUAAUUUAUUUGAUGUCUUUAGCAGUGACGUUUAAGCAAUGUUUACUUACAUAAUGUUUGUUUUGGUAAACACAGUUCUUAGUCAAGUAAAACUGCACAGUUAUGCAAUAUGUUUAGGAGCUGAGAAUGUCCUCUUAAUAUGUUUUUAUUCCUGAGUUGAUAGACCCAACUGUUUAAAAUUUAGAAAGCAAAAUGUUUGAUUACUGCACGUAAAUCAAUAAAAUGUAGUUUGCUUUUAGCAUGAAGGUCAAGGUUAACUUGACUUCAGAUCAGUGUUGCUCAGCCUGGGCAUCACAAGUUUUAUGUUAGUGAUGAAAUCAACUAUUGACAUGUUCAAUUUAUAAUUUAAUGUUCCUUUGAAUUCAGAACCAGUGCAGCUGGUUUUGCCCAGUAUUAGCUGGCUACGGAAAGACAAAACAAAAGGAAAAACUCCCUUUGACUCCUGUGAGACCGAGAGCAGAUGACUUAAUGGAUAACAUUUUUACAGACCCAGUAAUGGAAAAGAAUACGAAUUAGAAGAGCACUUUACAGAACCCUUGCAGAUCUACAGCUGUCUAUAGGAAGCUUAUGCAGUGGAUAGAAUAAAGUAAUCUACGAAAGCUUGAAAAUACAUAAAUGAAGAAAAGGUGUUUGACCAAAUGAAUGAAAUUACUAUGACUGGCUGAGUUGCUGACUCAGCUUGUACUUUACAGUAAUAAAUGUAACACAUCACACAAGUGUUUGUGUCAUUGUGAAAAUUCCUUAAUACAUGGUGCAUAAACUUCCCUAAAAUGUUGUAAUGUGUACUUAUCAAAGAACAUUUAAUUUUUUUACAUUUACAGAGUUAUUGUUUCACGUUGGUUAUUUACGCCUGUGUUAAGGAAUGGACCUGGCUGUCCUAUGUUACAUCUAGUGAUGGGUCAUUCACGAUGAACAACUUUUUUUGAACUGCUUUUGAACUACAUUUUAGUUUCCCACAUGUAUUUUCAAGGAGGGUAUGGUCAGUAAAAAAACAAUCUAAUAAUUAGGACAGGUAAGAUGUAAUCUAUUUCAAUAUGCAUUCCACGCUCUACAAGAAUUCUAGCAAUUUAUCCUUUACAUUGGAGAUUUGAAAAUGUUCCAUUGCUUUGGGGUUCUUUUUAAGCAUUUUAAACAAAGAGUUGUUUGGGACCCAAAUGAGCCAUUCAGGUGAACAGAGCUGAAAGACCAGGUUGCAACACCAGGCUCAACAAAAAUACUUGAAUUGCCCAUCACUAGUCACUUGAGACCCAUGUACUGUAUAUCUUCAAUGUGUACUGUAUGUAGCAGCAUCCCUUCAAAAUAAAAGUUGUUGAUUAUAAGCAUU